AUGGCGGCAAUCAGAGGUUGUCGUCCUCGUGCCGCAGGAGGUCUACAUGCUGGCAAUGCUCCAGUCCAUGUCCUCGAACCAACUCCUCGCCCUCAACUCACAUUCACCGACGAUGGUCCUGGUGAGAUCUCCUCGAGCGGUCCGCGCCACGACAACGAUAAAGUCGACUACAGAGAGAUUCGCAUACUACCCACGAUUGACGAGAUACUUGCAAUAGAUCGUCCCAUCUACAUGCCGAAGAAAGACAUACGCUGGGAUCACCCACUACCCAAUGGUCCUGCACGAGUGUUGGACUCACUUUUCCGUCAGCUUCGCUACGAUAGCAUUGAGGCCAUACGAGACAUAUGCUAUUCCGCCGCUCAGACUUCCUUCCUUAACGUCGACGCCAAUGGUCUUCCUCAAGCUCUAGAUCACGAUCACGCACGCCAUGAAACACUUGCCGGCAACCGAUAUUUCCUCUAUCCCCACGUUCAGGUCGAAGAGCUCCUGGCUCAUGAGGCGAAGUCAAUAGUCGUUCGUGCCAGUUAUACCUGCCCAGCCUUCAUGAGAGGCCGCUUCAUGUACGAUUGUGGCCGAUUGCAGGAAGGCAUGCUUAUGGCUCUACUCCAGCUUGACCACUCGACGAGAGAGCUGUCAGUGUACUUCCUCGAGGUCAGCCUGUCGCAAUCCACGUUUUCCAUGGACAGUUUCAACGGUGGCGGUCGUCGUGCUGCCGUUCAGUUAGCUUUUCUUCCCACCAGCAGCCGCGAUGAUGUUCAUCAACUCUGUCGCCUCGGCCUAGGUCUUUGCCAGCAUACUGAACUGGUCCUUGUGGAAUUCCCAAAAGUACUGUUCGCAGGGUUCUACAAUUGCCUGAAACGUCUUCAAGAGAUGAGAGAGUCGGACUUUGCAUUCAGAAGAUAUAUCGCGCCUUCGAUGCCCCAGAUGGAGGCCUGGCUCGCCAUGGAACAAAACCUCGCGGCUGGACAACCUCCCAUUAUAGACUGUCCGCCACCGGCAUAUGCAACUGCACCAGGCUUCAACUACGAUCUCAGCAGUGUUGUAUCACCCUCUAGCCGCAACACCUCGAUGUCCCCUGAAGACCUGUCUCGCGAUACGGCCCUUGACGUUCUCAAGCGCGAUACGACACUCGAUGACGGUCAGGCUGUGGCUUUCAGAAACAGUCUAAUGCGAGAGUUUGCGUUUACCCAAGGUCCACCAGGCUGUGGGAAGACCUAUCUUGGCGUUCAGCUCGCAAAGGCCAUUCUCCCGUCGCGACCGACCGCGAAGCCCAUCUUGGUCGUCUGCUUGACAAAUCACGCUCUUGACAGCUUUCUAAAGGAUCUCCGUGAUGCCGGCGUGACAGGUCUACUGCGAGUCGGGUCUGGCAGUAAGGAAGAAUGGACUGACCAGAUAAAUCUCAAGACUCGGAAACGUAAAACGCGAAUGACGAAAGACGAAUCAGAAGCCAUGAAUGUCUACGCGACUCGAAAGAAGGAGACGUUCUCUGAACUGGAUCUGAUAUGCAAAGGUAACUCUAUCUCCUCCAAGGCCCACACUGGAAUGGUGCCAUGGCACUACGUCGAGGAGAUCCUUUUCGAGCGCUACCCCAAGGUACAUGCACAGCUUACCACCAAUGCCGCGUCCUCGCUUGCCAAAGCAUUCACAUUUGAGUAUUGGUCCGGAGGUGGCGAUCUGAAGAGCUUGCGAGAUCUGCACGUUGAACUCGCUACGAGACUGAACGAGGUCUCCCUGAAUCGUGACAAGACACCUUCGGAAGAGGUCGAAGCAAUUUUACUGGACAUAACAUACUUUACGGAGCGUCAAAGCAACAGUGCUGGUGACAGCAAUGUCUGGACCCUGGCCUACGGAGAACGUCAGGCUUUGCUGCGCUCCUGGGAAGAACAAGUCGACCAAGAACAUUUUGCUGCAAAGCUCACGGCUCUUUAUCUCGAAUUCCAGGACUCCGCGCAGGAGAUGAAGCGAGUGAAUGGCGAGCGAGAGAUCCGAAUCAUGGGAAGCCACGACGUGAUUGGCAUGACGACAACUGCCUGUGCAGCCAGAUGGGAACAAUUGCUCUCCGUUGACGUCGAGAUCGUGAUUUGUGAAGAAGCCGGCGAAGUUAUGGAAGCUCACACUCUGUGUUCAUUGCUUCCAACCGUCCAGCACGCCAUCUUUAUUGGUGAUCCUCUUCAACUCCGACCUGAAACCAACGAACAAGCACUGAGCCUAGAAACUCGCACUGGUUCGCAAUACAGAUUGGACGAGUCGCUGCUGGAGCGCCUGAUGCUUCCAAGGGACCCUUCAGUCUCGGCGAUUCCAAUCAGCCAACUGAACAUACAACGCCGUAUGCAUCCAGAUAUUGCCAACAUCACUCGCAUUACCUAUCCGUAUCUGCGAGAUCAUGAGACGACGCUCGGGCGACCUCCAACACAGGGUCUGGAGCAGAGAAUGUUCUGGUGGGAUCAUCGCAUCCAGGAGCUCGAAGCAGAUGACUCGAAGUCUCAUAUCAACCUCCACGAAGUCGAGAUGGUCGCGGGCCUCGUUGACUAUUUGCUCCGUGCAGGUGCAUACGAUCACGGUGAUAUCGCAGUCUUGACCCCGUACUCUGGACAAUUAUUGAAGCUUCAUGAGCGUUUGUCUGUCACCUGUGAUAUCUGGCUUAGCGACAAAGACCGAGAACUACUGCUUGAUGAAGAACUUCUUGCCUUGGGAGAUGAAGGCAAAGCAACCAAGGAUGAGAUUGCAAUGUGCGACAUGCUGAGAGUUGCCAGUGUCGACAACUUUCAAGGCGAAGAGGCAAAGGUUAUCAUACUCAGCACUGUCCGAAGUGGGGGAUCGGCUGGAUUUCUGGCGACCAUGAACCGCAUCAACGUCGCCUGUAGCAGAGCUCAAAAUGGCUUUUACAUCAUUGGAGACUCUCAAACAUUGUCUCAAGUCCCUAUGUGGAGGCAGGUCAUUUCGACAUUCAGUGGCCGGAUUGGUGCAUCCCUCAUGACCUGCUGCAACGUCCACCCAGAGCACCGCCAUGCUGUCGGACAGCCCUCUGAUUUUGACGCUGUGCCAGCAUGUUCGGCCGUUUGCGGGCAACGUCUCGAUUGUGGGCACGAAUGCCGGGAAUCAUGCCAUCCACCCCAACUCCACGCUCGCUUCGUUUGCCAGGAGCCUUGUACGAAAGUCUUUUCCUGCGGACACGGAUGCUCUAAACUAUGCUAUCAGACCUGUGGGCCAUGCGAGCAGUCUGUUGAUGAGAUCACUCUUUCCUGCGGACACCCAGGUAAAGCUCUCUGCUCAGGAACAGUGGCGAAGUGCGAGGUCGUCAUCACGAGGAAGCCUCUGGAUUGCGGGCAUACACUUGACAUUCGUUGCGGAGAAGACCCGGACGCGAGAACGUUCUGCGAUCAGCCCUGUUCUCAUAUCUUGGGGUGUGGUCACCAAUGCCGUGGGCACCCAAACCGUGUGGUCACCCUUGCAUGGCGAGAUGUCAUCACGGCAAGUCAUGUCCAAAGUCGUGUGGUGCAUCAUGUUCCGAAAGUUGCGAACAUGGCCCUUGCAAAAAUCGUUGUCAAGACGUCUGUGACCCAUGUGUCAAACCGGUGGCCUCCCCUUAUUGCAGAUGUUGUGGACCGUCUGGUGGCGAAAAUGGGUCGAAAGGUUCAUCGAUACGCCACGGCAAUUGAUGUCGUGGAGCAGAAACUGGCCGGUACAUUCGAUUCGCUUGUUAAGGACAUUCGACCGAAUCCACUGGCCGCAAAAGGGAACAUUGCUCUCAUCCUCCGCCGCAACCGUGAAGUACUUGACCUGCAGAAAGCUAUUGUGAGCUAUCGGAAAGAAGUCAUCGAUCGAAUCCAGUUCAACGUCGGCAAGCAACAUGAAGCAUUCCCGGAUAUUGUGCCGUCAUACGUAUUCGUGUUCCACCAUCAAUUUGAUGUGUUGGAAUGCCGCGUCAUCAGUGUUCGCCUUUCUGACACACUACGACUGGCAAGUCAUCUCCUUGGUCUUCAAGAUCCUUCCUUCGGUGUUCAGCGACAAGCAUUAAAAAUGCUGGAGUAUGCGCACAAAGAGGCCAUGGGCUGCAUCGAGUUUUGCCAGGGCGCUCUUGACAAUGAAGUUAUCAGUACCAGCCCGCGGAUUGACGCCGAGAUUCGACUGCAUCAAAUCCAUUUCAACCUCGUUGCUAAAGCUAUCAAGUCCAAGUUGUCCCGAUCAGGUGUGUCACAAGACAGUGAUCUCUCAAAGAGCGAUGACGACUUAAUCGAGGCCAAAUUGAAGGCUGUUUCCGACAUCUGCGAGCACUAUCCUAGUUCUCUUGGACUGUUUAUGGCUACUGCUACGGAAUUUGUGCAGUUGUUGAAGCGCGAGACAGGUAUGGAGGACAAUGUGCGGAUCCCGGGAGUGCAGACUGGCAAGGUCCGUGAAAUUGAGAAGACCUGGUCCCAGUUUGAGGUUGGGCACUUGACGGUUUGCGUCAAGAUGCACCCAUAUUCGGCAAAGACAUUUUCUCAGGGUUGUCCAGAAUGUGGCAAGCGGGUCAUGACAGGGAGGGAGGUCUACCAGCAGACAUCGGCCCACUUGUUUGAAGAUAGAUUCCUGGAGGCCAUGCGCAAGAUUGGCAAGGAAUGA